GCACCACUACCUGUGUCAUUAUCCUGAGCUCACUGGUCGUUUUGGUCCACUUAUUCGCCUCUGGACACUACGCUUUGAAAGUAAGCACUCAUACUUUAAACAGUGUGCGAGAAAAUUGCACAACUUCAAGAAUUUGAGUGCUACAUUGGCAGAAAGACAUCAACUUCUUCAGGCUUACCUACAUGCUGGAAGCCCUUUCCCUGAAAAUGUUGUGGCAGAGAGGGGAAUAGAGUUUCAUGUUAAUGACUACAAUGAUGACAUUCAAGGAUCUGUUGCUGGUCUUAACUUUCAGCCAGGGAAUACAGUAGCAUGUAAUGAAGUGACCGUAAAGGGAACACUUUAUAAAAAAAACAUGCAUGUUGUUUUGCAGAAGAAUGAUGAGGGAAUUGUGUUUGGGAACAUUCAUUUAAUUAUUGUACAUGACAAUUGCGAUGUGUAUUUUGUCACAAAGAAAAGUCAGUCUUUUUGUCUUAUAGACCAGGGAGUUCAUUGCUUGAAACCACAAGAUCAAGGCUACCUAUGCAUAAAUCAAGACAGUCUACUGGAUUACUAUCCUCUGCCUGAGUAUUCAUUGUGUGGCUUGUCAGUAAUUGUUCUCCAUCAUUCCUUCCCAAUUUUAGAAUAAUGUCUGGAAUGAAAGAAGUCCUGAAAGAUGCUGUACUGUUGAUGUUGCCAAGCCUAUCUCCAGAUGUAACCAACCAGCUUGUUGAGAAGCUCAUGGACCAAGGUGUUGAAGGCUUGGAUGAUUUGGUUUAUGUAAAAGAAGAUGACAUUUUGGAGUUUAUAAGACCUAUCCAAUGCAGAAAACUUCUUAGUUCAUGGAAAAAUCAAGAACAUCAGAACUGCACAGUCGUACUGCCACCUGCUGAGGUUCUCCCCUCGGUUCCCCCCGAAACAAACACUACUCUUGGUUCACCUCCAUCAAGCUCCUCAAGGCCAACAUCAAGCAGUUUAGCAUCAGCCAGUGUCACACAUUCAUGGACUGAAAAUUUCCAAGUUCCCUGGAGCUUAAUGCCAGACGGUAUAAAGAGUGCUGUUGAGAAUGGACAGAGACCUUCUCCUUCUGAUCGAAGACAAAUGAUUAGAAUCCUUGCUGAUGAAAUGAGAAAACAUGACAAAAACCCCACCAGAUCACAGUGUCUUACUGUUAGUCGCAAAAUAGUGAGCCAGUAUCCAAAGUCUUUUGCUGACAUGUUGGGUGACAAGCAGGUUGGGGGUGGAUAUGAAUCUGUUCUUUCACAGCUGAAAGUACGCAUAGAGCACCUGAAUCGAACAAAUACACUAAGUCAUCAUAGGAUCCAAAGAAGUGACACCGGAACUACUAGAAAACGAAGUUCCACUGACUCGUAUGGUUGUACAAGAUGGCAGCCGGAUCUUCCACCUAGGGAAACUUAUGACAGUCUUGAAAUGAAACGUCAGAAGAUGGAGGAGAUGCAUCUUCAUGAAGGAAUCUCUGGAGCAGAGAGAGGAGACGUUUGCAAGCUCAUGGAGGAAACCUAUUGGCUUCAGCGUCACAUGAUCAAUGCAACCCCAUCCCCUACAAUUGCAGAUAUCAAAACUAAAUGGCCAUAUCUUUUCACACAGAGGCAUAUAUAUGGACAUUUUGAACAGCUUACUGACAAAAAAGUGCUCAGAUGUUUGGAAUUGUCUAUUCAGGAGUGUGGACAAAUCAUAAUUGAAUUUUUCAAAAGCAAACCAACCAAUGAUGACAUUCGAAGCAUUCUCUCCAGAGGUGAAAAUGAUGUGGAUGCCAUGGUCAUACAACUACUCCUUGCACACUUCAAAGAGAAGUUAGAUGGGGUUUUCCUUCAAGCAGAUGAAUUUGCAACUCCAUCUGAUGUCCAGCAUUCUCUUAAUUUGCCAGAGAGUCCACGCCUUAUAUUUCUUGGUCAAUCUCUGAGCAACCAGCGCUGGAUGUUGAGUUUGGAGGGUCAAGUUGUGUGUGAAGGAGCACAGCCCAACUUCAUCACUGGACUAGCAGCGCUGUUUGCCUCCUUCUAUAACUUCAAUUUACAGUACCAGGAAGAGGCAGCAUGCACCCUUGAGUUUGUUCAGAGACGCUUUGUUGACAUCAAUCCUGAACGUGGAUCAAAAGCAAAAAAAGGAAAAGUGACUUCAAAGAAAACUGGCCAAAUGAUGUUCCUGCAGCAGAACAGAUCACGUGUCAUCAUCGUCUCUGACCCGCAGGGGGCGCUGCAGGACAUGGAGCUGUUCACACUGAGAGUGACGUCACAGUGUUAUCAUGACGUGCCUUCGAUAACUCAAGCAUCUCAAACAUCACAGAAGCGUGGAUUUACUCUCAUUAGAGAUGUUGACUAA